AUGAAGCUUUACGGAAGCAAUGCUGCUGGAGUGACAGCGAUAGUCAAUGCCAGCGGCGAAGUCCUCCGUGGUAGCCCCUUGCGAAUGCACGUGGGCCCAUCAGCGAUUGCUGAAGCCGAAAAACAUCUACAGGCGUUGGAGACCAAUUUCGAAUGGCUGCUGAAUUUAGGUGGCUUUCAUGACGGUCUUCGCAAGAUCAUUGGCCAGGUCUUUUUGGACCGAAGGCUCUUUGUCCAGGGCCAAAGUGCCGUGGAGGUCUUGCUCAGGCAUUCGCACCUGAUGGAGCCCUCGGUUCGCAAGCUUGAGACCAACCUCAUGGUGGAUCUCAUGCUCGACCUGGAUUUCAAGCACCGCUUUGCACAGGUGUUUACCACUCUUUAUCCGGAAUUGGUGCGCAACAGGGAAGGAAAUCAAGACACAAACGAGCUGGGAGAUUUCACUUGCCAGAUCUUCACCAGACAGGAUGUUACGAUGGAGCUCGUUCGUGACAGGGACCUGGUGAAGACAUUGCUGGAGUGUCUGUGGGGGCUCCUGCGCCCCGCGCUUGUCAGUGACUCUGCACCGACGGUCUUCAAUCACGAGUCGAACAUCUUCCGUGACCACGAAAUCAUUCAGUGUUCGAUGGAUCUGUUGUAUGUGCUGGAUCACUCGGACAUCGCGCGGGAGAUCAUUCGAUCGCCGCGCCUGAGCGGAGAGCUGUGGGCUGGAUGGAUCCAGAUUCUAAUAUCCAUGCAGGCAAUGAAUCCGCACAAGCGCCGCAGCGACAAUCAUGUGGAGUUCACCAGCCCCUCCUGGGGAAAUGCGCUCACUCUGCACACAGACCUGGGGUCCAACACAUGGCUCAUCCUGGACGCCAUCGAAUUCAAGGCUGAGCUCGAGUCGGUGAAAGACAUGGCGCAGCUGGCUUGGCGCGAGCUGCGCAGUUGGAUGGUGCAGGUGCACGCAGCCGAGGGCCGCGUUGGAGCCGCUGCCAUGGAAGGUGCUUUUGAUUACGAGGUAUCAAGGGGCACCAGUUUUCAUAUUCCAGUGAACCGGGUCUUGGCGCUCUUGCUGCACCAGCUCUGCAUUCGAGCUCCGCGGGCGCGUGGUGACGGCAGCUUGGUGGAACAGGUGUUUUGUGCUGUUGGAAUGUCGGCUGAGUCCGACAUCAUUUGGUGGAUGGAGCACCCUCUCAGGGCACUGGUCCUUCAUUGGCAGGUGAUGGCUGGCAUGUGGCGUCGAAACGGAGAGGCUCUGGAGCACGAGAGUGAGUUCUACAGGAUGAACUAUUGGCACCACCUGCUCAUCGACGUGGAUCUCCUGGUCUUGCGUAUGGCCGCGCUCGCUCUGAGGCCGGAGACCUUCUUCCGAGUGACCUUGAAGCGGUUUGAGCUUGGCCACUGGCUUCUUCCUGGAGAUCCGAUGGGGAGGCUGCUUCUCAGGGAGGAGCCGGAGCAGGAGUUCGCCAUGAUGAAGCUGCAGAGCUUCGUGCUUUUUUUGUACCAGCUGCUCAGCUGGAACACUCAUCUUUCGCUGACCUGGCCGCAGCUAGUGACACAUACGACCAGGCAAUUCCUUAGCGUCGGUCCGAAGAGCCAUUCGCAGCUUUGGGAUCCUCGCCUGGAGCGUUCUACUGCCACAGCAACUGCCAAGGACCAACACAUGUUGGAGGCCGCGCUGCGGGAAAUCAGCUCGUUCUCUGAAGCGGAUGGCAGCGGCCACAACCCUGCCAAGUACCACCUGAGGGAAGACCAGUGGUUUGCCGUGGACCCCUACUACCAUCUCUUCGCCUGGAGUGAGCAGCAGAAAGUGGAGGAGAACCUGGUCGCGGCCAUGAAGGCCCGCGGUGGGGACCUGUCGACCUGGAUCGAGGAGUCGGCACGGCUCCAGCCACCGCUCCGUGAAGCUUUCCGGCUGCCCUUCCUCCGAUGGUGCAGCUCUGGAAUGGUCCAGGCCUUCUGCUGGUUGCUGCUGGUCCGCCUGGCUUUCCAGAAGGACGUGUCCUCCGAUGGUCGACUCCUCGUGCUUGCUCUACUCUUGGCCAUUCGUUCCACAAACGCUGACGGGCUGGAGGAGAUCCCACCGUGCGGGUGGUCAGAUGUGGACAUGGAGGUCUCGUCCAUCCCCACGGAGGAGGUGCAGCUCACCUGGCUCGCCAAGGCCGUGACCCCUUUGUCUCACACUGCCACGCGCAAGUUCUGCGUGCAGGUGACGACAGCCGGCGCUGCAAAGGCAGAGCUGAAUGUGUCGUUGAUGGAUGCCGUGGACAGGCUGGUGGCGGUGGGCGGCAGCGUCUCGAGCAGUUUAGCGCGAGGCCUUCGGCAGCGGCUGCUGACAGAGGCGGUGCCAAGUCGCUCGGAGAGCGCUUGCCAUGGCGACGAGGACCGCAAGGCCAAGCGCCGCAAGGCCGUGGAGAGGCAGCAGCGCAUGCUCGAGAGCCUGCGAAAGCGCCAAGCUGCCUUCAUCUCCGGCGCCGCAGGGCGCGAUUUGCUCGAAACGGACAGCAAGUCGCAAGAGGAGCAAAAGGGUAUGGAUGCUGAGGCUGGCUUGGCUGGCAUGGAGAUGUCUCCUGCCGAGUGUGUCGUCUGCAUGUCGCACCAGGAAGGAGAAGACUCGGAAAACCCGCUUGGACUCAUCUGCUUCCUGCGACCUGCGGUGGCAUCCUCCAUGCAGGGCAGCUCAGUGCCGACCGAGCAAGCUGUCCUGCUCCAGCAGUCGAAAGCCCCUGUGAGUGGCCGCAGUGCUUCGAAGCGCAAGCGCCGGACGGACUCGUCCGGGCCCCCCUGGCCCCGCCUGGCUCGUGGUGACGGUGCAAGCUCUCGCGCUGUUCUGUUUGAGGCACUUCUCCUGCUGGCGGAGCUUCCGUCCGGCAUCCCUCCGCUCUGGAGGAAACCUGCCGAAGCCCUCUUGGACGCCGAAGAUAUGCUGCCGCACCGACAGGAGCUGCAGACGAAGCUGUGGACUUUCCAAUUCCGCGCCGUCAUGCAGAUGCCACACGACUUGGACCAUUGCAAGGCCAGCUUCGGCGACUUGGCCAACAGCACACUCAAGCAGCCUGUCUUCCGGAGGCUCUUGGUGCCGUGCCUGGAGUGUGUGAGCCUCAGCUCCCUGGCUAUGAGCCAUGAGUUUCUCGUCUCUCCGAGGGCCGGCCCAAUGAUGUCCCUCAGCAAGCUGUGCGCAGACAGCAUAGCUUUGGCUGAGGUGCGAUUGAGGACGCGACCUGCUGCCGCUCUGGGCGCAGAGUCCUCAGCCUCGGCCUCGGCCACUUCCUCCGCGUCGCGGAGGACGCUGGAUGGCAGCGAGACCUCGGCUGCCGCUUUGAUGCUUCGUGGUAUCAUUGCUGAGGCCAUUGAUGCCACGCCGCCACUGACGCAGGUGCUGGGUGGUAAACUGGCAACCUUUCUCUUGUCCACCACGCCACAUGGUCGGUUUCAGACUUUGACAGCCUUGUUGCUUUGUCUCUGCAAGAGCCGGGCAUGCAAACCUUCUGAGCUGGGCCGUGCAAGGCAGUUGGUGCAUGGAUUCUACCUAUUGGAGGCGGUGGUUGUCCUUUCUUGUCUGUGCGAUGAUGCACUGAUUGAAUCCGGUUUUCAUCAAGCUUCAGGGCAUGCGGCUGAAUCCGAAAGCAUCUGGAGCUUGGUGCAGACCUUGGCAUCAACUGGUCAAGGUGGCGCGGUGCAUGUUCAGACUUGGUAG